UAUCUUUAAUGAGUGAUGUGCACAUGCAAAUGCCCUCAAUGUCGAGAGACCUGACUUUGUGCAAGAGCUCAACCUCAACCACUCAUUUGAUCAAUUGCACCUUCAAAAUCCUUAUCCUCCCACCACCUACCGCCGUUGCCGCCGCCGCCACCACCACCACACUCAUAUUUCAAUCGAGUAAUGGCGGCUUAUGGUGCGGCGGGUUCUCUCAGGAAUACGAUUCAGCGUAUUCUACAAUCGUCUCGCAUUUCUCUCGUUUCCCACUCUCCACAAAUCUUACAACCUGCCUACGACCAGAUGGAUCGCUUGCUGAAAGCUCUGCGAUUAUUGGACGAGACCAGCUGCAGCAAGAUCAGGAUUGAGGUGAAUGCUGCGGAUGAACGAAUCAAAGAUGCAGUUUGGGAAUUCGAAGAUUUACUCGAAUCCCAUGUCUUACCUCAGAUUCUUCAACAACUCGAAAGCGAGAGACACAACUUGUCAUUCUCUGUAGAUCUGCAGAGUCUGCAACACCAUGUUGAUUGCUUCGUCGAGAAGAUGAAGAUGAUGGAGGAGGAGUACAUCAUUGAAAUGGAGAAUAUGGCUGAAGAAGAAGGCGAGCCUAUUUCCUCAAGAAUUGAUUCUGGUGGAAUGAUCAAGUCAAGGAUGGUUGGAUUAUCUGAUGAAAUUGAAAAAGCCAGAGAUUAUCUUCUUAAAGGUAAAAACUAUUCGAUUACUGGGAUGGCGGGCAUUGGAAAGACAACUCUUGCUAAGCAUAUUUUUGAAGAUCCAUCAAUUCGGAGCCAUUUUAAGUUUCGAGCGUGGGUGAAAGUGGGGAGAAAAUGCGAGUUCAGUGUAUUAUUACGAUGCGUUCUAGCUCAAGUGGAUCCCAACGCUUAUGAAAUGCUUAUCCAAGGAGAUGAUGACAUGGAGGAGUUAGUUGGAUUCCUCAAACAAAGAUUGAAGCGCAAGAAAUGUCUUAUCGUGUUGGAUGAUGUUUGGGAGAGACAAUUAACAAAUCAUUUGACAAUUAAUUGCUUGAGAAUGAAGAAUAUUUUCGGAAGGAUUCGAUUCUUACUUACAAGUAGACAAGAUGUAGUAUUCACAGCGAAGGAUGGGAGAGAAAUAGUGCGCUUGUUGAAUGAAGAAGAAAGUAAGGAAUUACUUGGUGAGAAGGUGUUUGGUGAAGAGGGUUUUCCUAUUCAACUUGAGGAACUGGGAGAGAAGAUUGCCAAGAAAUGUGAAGGUCUUCCUCUUAUGAUAGUCACCGUUGCAGAGCUCCUAUCAAAAGCCGACAAGACCCCAGAAUACUGGACUGAGGUACUCAAACAACACAGUUCAGUCUUUGUGGAAGCAUAUAAUCGAAUAUCAGAGGUACUUUUCCCAAGCUAUGACUACUUACCCCAACAUUUAAAAAUGCUUUUUCUCUAUUUGGGAGCAUUCCCUCCAUAUAUUGAUUUGAUCGAUCCAGUCAUGCUCAAAGAUCUGUUCAGUGCUGAGGGUUUUCUUGAACAAAUUGGAGAAGAAAGUUUUGAAGAUGUUUUCUAUUCACGCUUGGAAAAUCUUUCUAUGCGGUAUCAUCUUGUUCUCAACAAAAUAGAUUAUUCUAUUUUGAGGAUAAACUAUCGCGUGCAUUCUUGCUGGCAGCACUUGUGUAAGGAAGAAGCUAGUAGGAUCAAGUUUUUGCAUGUCUUACAAAGUCUUGAUGAUGUUAUAGAAGGCCAGCGCCGCUUGUGUGCCCAUUGGAGCAGUUUAUUCUGCUUCAAACAAGUGUGUGAUUCGGUAAAAAGUGAUUGUGCAUCCACUGCCCGUUCUCUCCUUUGUUUUGGUGCUUCUCAGGAAUAUCCAAUCCCAAUACAUGCCAUGGGUUUCAAGUUGCUCAGGGUACUAGAAACUGGUGCUGUCCGAUUUUAUCACUUCCCAAUUGAAAUUUUGAAACUAGUUUGUUUGCGGUACCUUGCCCUAACUUGCAACGGGGAGCUCCCUCCUUCCAUAUCCAACCUUUUUCACCUUCAAUUCUUGAUUAUCCAUCCACAUAUUUACAUUAAGAAGCGUGGAGUUCAGUCUUAUAUGCCUGUGCAAAUUUGGGACAUGCAAGAACUAGAGCUUAUUGUGAUCGUGGGACGCGAUCUGCCAACCCCUAAUACUGAUGAUGCUACCUUGAACAAACUCGUCAAACUUGUUGGUGUGAGUGCAAACAGUUGUACAAGGGAAGUUCUCAAAAGAAUUCCUAAUUUACAGACAUUAGUGAUUGAAGUGGACUUGAAGCCUUAUAACAAUGAUGAUGUUGAUGAAAGCAAAUCAUUGAGUUGUUUGGGUUAUAUCUCAGAACUCCGGAAUUUGGACAACCUUCAAUAUUGGGUCCACAAUCCCGUGAUAAAGUUUGAGUAUAAUACGAUUCCUCUUUCAAUGUUCCCAUCAAGUCUCAAAGCGUUAGUUUUGAGUGGGUUAGGGGGGUAUCCUUGGAAGUACAUGAAUGACAUUGGUUCGCUGCUGCCAAAUCUCAUGAAACUCUCAUUAAGAUGGUAUUCGUUUCGAGGCCCAGAGUGGGAAAUAGAAUCAGGGGCUUUUUUGAAACUUGAAGACCUUCAAAUUGAUGACAUCGAUUUGGUGCAAUGGAGACCUCAACGUGGAAGCUUCCCAGUGCUCCGCAACCUAAUCAUGAGGCAUUGCUACAAAUUACAACAACUUGAUUGGCCGUAUGAUCAUUCUUGGAUCACACGUAUUGGCUUAGUUGACUGCAAUCCUUUAGCUGUCGAUUGUGCCAAUCAAUUAAAAGACAAGUUUGCAUUUGAACUUAUCGUCGAAUCUUCUUUUUGAGCUCAAGUCACUCUGCAACUUGCCUUACAGGUUAAUGAGAGAGCCAAAGGAGCCGCAUUAUCCUGAAUGUUGUGUUACCACAUUGUUGUGUGAAUUUAAGGAUUGUGACUUGUAAGUGGUUUUGUUGUGGAUUAUUAACCCGAGUGCUGAAUUGUGCUAAAUUUUUGUAAGUUGGAUUUGUGGAAAACAUUAGUCCCUUGUUCAAUUCAAGGAUUGUAAUUUUUGAGUUGUGCAUGAUUUUCACUUUGUUUUGA